AUGAGUGCAGACACUAUCUUGGAAUGGCCAAUCUUUCAGGAGAAAUACCCCCGUGACGCAUUGAUUGGAGAACUCUUCAAAUCACAGGAGUCUCUUGAUCCGCCUAUGACUCCGCUCUCGGCAGAGGAGAUGCCUGGCCUCUCACCUCUUGAUAAACUCGUAUCACAUGAGGGACUUAGUCCCCUUGACGACGAGAAAAUUCCACAGCUCAUAGACGACUUUCUGCAAUUUAUCCACACGAAAAACCCGAUUCUUGACAUGGAGACCCUAGUUAAUUCCGGCCGCAAGUGUGCCCGGGAUGGUGUUGGCUGGGGUAGCCUCUCAUGUCUCGUGCUUCUUGCAUGCGCUCUUGGGAGUGUAGCGCAUUCAUUUGAUACAUCGAUUAAGCAACAGACAGACUUGUCUCGAGCGGUUCUCAGCGGAGAAGUGUCGCGGCCGAACUCUAUGCACACCCAUAACGAAAAACUUCAGCAGGGCGAGUCUUAUUUCCUUCUGGCUUGUCGUCGACUUGGCUUGGUGAGACCCUCAAAGUUAGGGGUACAAUGCUAUUUUCUCGCUGGAGUUUACCUUAUGUACACUUUGCGACCUAUAUUGGCGUGGCAAUAUUUCUCUCAGGCCUCAACUCUCCUGCAGGUGCAUCUCAAGACAAUUUAUGGCCUCGGGAAAAGCCCAAGUGAGUCUCUGGGUUUACCAUCCGUUUAUCCCCACGAAGAUAGGCGGCAACUUGAACGGAUCGAGCAAAGCUUGUACUGGUCAUGCUUUAAGUCUGAGUGCGAGUUUCGUGUAGAACUCCCGUUUCCACAGUCUGAGCUCAGUCUAGGCGAAUAUCUCACCCUUUUCCCGUCUCCUCCAUCUCCUGAUCCUUAUGAUUGCGGGCCAAGAAAACAUGCGAGACACAAAUAUAAGGAGGAAGAAAGCUGGUACUACUAUCUCACAGAAAUUGCACUACGCCGGAUCGGCAACCGCAUCAUCAAUUCUUUCUUCUGCGAGAAUCGUUCAUUUUGGCUUAACAUCAAACCAUUUCUUCGCAUCGCGCAAGAGUUUGAAGUGCAGGUAUCAUCAUGGUCUGCGCAUCUCCCUCCCGCAAUGCAGCAUUUGGAAACCACCUCUGUCAUUCGCGCUCCACAUUUUAACUCUCAGGAUGCAACUAGUGGCAGUCCUGUCUCUCGUGAGCUGAGUUGGGCAGUCGACAAUCGGCUCCUUGAAAUGCAAACUUGGCUCUACCAGCCAUUUAUUUAUUACCUGAUCCAUGUUGGCGUCAGUCGCGUGACAUCGUCGUUGGAACGUCAUCCAUAUCACGGGUUGUCUACACGAGAUCACUACAUUCACAAUGUACACUCAUCUACCGAAUCUCCGAGUUCCGACUCCUAUCGCUUCGGCUCCAACAUACAGCACGAUGAUGGCGAGUCUUCGUCGAUGAACAAUGAAGAUCUAGCUCUACUCCGUUCGAUGGUUACUUCGGGUAUAGAAUGCAAUCUUAAAACAAUCGAUGUUCGAUCUGUAGGCCAUCGCCAUCAUGGCUUGUGGUUCGAUCUCCGAAGUAUCAUGUGUGCAUCUCUCACUCUUCUUGCUGUGGUUAAGAGCGGUAAUGCUGCAUGGAUCCCAGGUGAAGCGGAGGCUCUUUGGGGACCGAAACCCUCUCAUCUCGGAGCCAGCCCUUUUCCUGUGCCAAUUAUGGGCAGGAUUUCGAAGGUUAUAGAUCAGUUCACAUUUUGGUCAGCAGAGGCUCCACACCUGCUGCGCUAUAGAGUUAUCCUGGAAGAAGUUGUCAGAGAUGUGAGAGGCUUUUAA